CUCAUGCUCUUUAACAACUUAUCAUUCUUGUGCAGGCCCUCCAUUUUUCAAGUAAGAAAUCACGAAAACAGAAAUAACUCCGCCAAUAUCCCGCAAAUUAAAUACCACAACUACCAUGCCUGAAACAAUGACCAAAAAAUGGCCACAACAUCUCAUACAAAAUACCCUUUUAGAAAUGAAAUUGCAACGAGGAAUAGUACUUCCUCUGAUGGCCAUGAACUUCACAUGGUUUGCAAAAACAGCCAUAACAACUGCAUUUCUCGGUAAGCUUGGAGAUCUUUCAUUGGCAGGAGCCACGUUGGGUUUUACGUUCGCGAACGUCACUGGAUUCUCAGUCUUGAAUGGUCUCGGUGGUGCUAUGGAACUUAUUUGUGGACAAGCAUUUGGAGCCAAGAAUCAUAAGUUACUUCACAAGACCCUUAUCAUGUCAACUUCUUUGUUACUACUCGUCUCAAUUCCUAUAUCUUUCUUGUGGCUUAAUGUUGACAAAAUCCUCAUAAAAUGUGGCCAGCAAAAUGACAUUUCUAUGGUAGCUAAGAAAUAUCUUAUUUAUCUCCUCCCUGAUUUGGUGAUCACAUCAUUUUUGUGUCCACUAAAGGCUUACUUGAGCACACAAAAUGUUACAAUCCCAAUUAUGUUAAGCUCAACUCUAGCUGUUGCUUUGCAUAUACCGAUUACUAUGCUAUUUUCGAUGACUAAAGGGCUAGAAGGAAUUUCCAUGGCAUAUUGGCUAACAGACUUACUAAUCAUGAUUCUUUUGGCUAUUUAUGUAAUGAUAGUAGAGAACAGAAAGGGAGGAAAAUGGAAAGAAGGAGGCUGGUGGGAACAGGAGAUUCUUGAUUGGAUCAGAUUGCUUAAACUCUGUGGACCAUGUUGUCUUACUACUUGUCUUGAAUGGUGGUGCUAUGAGAUAUUGGUUUUGUUAACAGGGCGUCUCAAAAAUGCUAAACAAGCAGUUGGGGUUAUAGCCAUUGUAUUGAACUUUGAUUAUUUGCUCUUCUCUGUUAUGCUUUCGCUUGAGACUUGUGCGUCCGUUCGCGUAUCGAAUGAGCUCGGGGCAGAUAGUCCUGCCCCUGCUUACCGGGCAGCAUAUGUGUCAUUAGUCUUGAGUAUUAUUUCUGGUUUUUUAGGCGGUUCUGUAAUGGUAGGGGCAAGAGGAAUUUGGGGUCCUUUGUUUAGUUAUGACAGAAGGAUAAUAAGAGGAGUGAAGAAGAUCAUGUUGCUAAUGGCGUUAAUUGAAGUUGUUAAUUUUCCUUUAGCAGUUUUUGGAGGAAUUGUUCGUGGAACAGCGCGGCCUUGGCUAGGGAUGUACGCUAAUAUCAGUGGAUUUUACUUGUUGGCCUUGCCGUUGGGGGUAAUUUUGGCGUUCAAGUUUCAUCUUGGGCUUGUAGGUCUAUUGACAGGGUUUAUGGUUGGAGUAGUUCUUUGUUUGGCCUUGUUGUUGGUGUUUGUUGCUAGGAUUGAUUGGGUUAGAGAAGCUAACAAAGCACAUAUGUUAGCCUGCAACCAAGAAGAAGCUGCUGAUGAUGGGAGAAAUUCCUCCAUGGCUACGGAAAAUGGCUCAUGAACAGAGGCGGACCUAGAAUGUUAGGAGCGGGUUCAAUUGAACCCAUCAUUUUAUUGUCACGACUAUAGUACUUUAAUCCGUUAAGUAGUUUAAAUGCUGAAUCUCUCUCGCCCUCAUGACUAUAGUCACGCCUAACGUAUAAUAAUUGUGUCACAAAAUAUAUCAAUCAUAAUAAGAAAAUAGAGUUUGAGUAGUUUCUAUCACGGAUUUUUCUUUAAACCCAGAGGCUAGAGAAUUGAUUGCAACUACAGAGGGACUCUUCUAACGGCAGCGCUUUUAAUCAUAACGGUAAAGCCUGCCCACAACUACAUCAUUGUAAUGAGUAAGAACCAGAAAGAAUAAAAUGGCUGAGAAACCUAAUACGAGAGAAUUAAUAUA